AUGGCUGAAACUACCAUUGUCGGCGCCGGCGGCCGAAAGAUCACCCUCCCCACUGGCCUCUUCAUUGACAACAAGUUUUCCCCUGCUGCCGAUAACAAGACAAUCGCCAUUGAAAACCCAUCCACCGGUGACACCAUCGCCAACCUCUCAGCAGCCCAGGCCGCUGAUGUUGACCGGGCCGUGGCCUCUUCCAAGGCCGCCUUCAGGAACACAUGGCGCUUGACAGGUCCGGCAAAGCGCAGAGCCCUCCUCAACAAGCUAGGUGAUCUCAUUGAGCAGAAUGCCGAGGAAUUUGCGUCUAUUGAGGCUGUCGAUGCCGGUAUGCUGUACACCAUGUCCAUGGGACUGAGUGUUACGCAGGCUGUCGAGUGUUGUCGGUACUAUGCUGGCUGGGCGGAUAAGCUUGAUGGCCAAUCGAUUGAGAACGAUCAGUCACUUUCGUAUACGCGCCGUGAGCCUAUUGGAGUCUGCGCCGCUAUUGUGCCAUGGAACUCCCCUCUGAUGAUUACUUUUUGGAAACUUGGCCCAGCCAUCGCAGUCGGAAACACUCUCGUCCUCAAGACCCCAGAGCUCGCCCCUCUCUAUGGACAGAAGCUGGCACAACUCAUUGCCGAGGCUGGCUUCCCUCCCGGUGUCAUCAACAUCCUCUGCGGUGUUGGAAGUGUUGCCGGUCAGGCACUGGCUGAUCACUCCGAUGUGAGAAAGAUCUCAUUCACCGGCAGCGAAGGAGUUGGACGAGGGAUUCUCGCCAGCGCAGCGCGUUCGAACCUCAAGAGAGUCAGCCUUGAGUUGGGUGGAAAGGGUCCUGCCAUCAUCUUCAAAGACGCUGAUUUUGAAAACGCUCUCUUGUGGGCUGGAGCUGGAAUCACUGUUCACAACGGACAGAUUUGUGUCGCUGGAAGUCGAAUUUACGUGCAAGAAGAGAUUUACGACAAGUUCAUUGCCGAGUUUUCAAAGAGGACCAAGGAUGCGGUGGCUGGAGAUCCUCUCCUCGCAGAGACGGUCAAGGGACCCGUCAUCAGCGAGGCGCAGAAGAACCGCAUCUUGGGAUUCAUCACCAAGGCUAAGGAGGAGGGAACGAAGCUUCUCCACGGUGGCGAAGAGAAACUAUCGUCAAAGGGACACUAUGUGCCUAACACAGCGUUUGUGGAUGUCUCACCUGAUGCCACCAUCAUCAAGCAAGAGGUGUUUGGCCCUGUGGCAAGCAUCGCCAAGUUCAAGACGGAGGAGGAAGUUAUUGCCCUAGCCAACGGCACGGAUUACGGACUCGCGGCAUCCAUCUUUACAAACGACAUUGCCAGGGCCGUUCGCGUAUCAGAGCAGGUCGAGGUCGGCAUUGUUACUAUCAACACGUGGGGAAGCAUCCAUGCGAAUACUCCAUUUGGCGGUAUCAAGCAGAGCGGGUUUGGUAGGGAGAUGGGGCAGGAUGCGUUGAAUGAUUGGACGCAGGUGAAAUGCGUCAAGCUCAGUGUACCAAAACUUUAG